UUUAAGGCUUGAUGCAAGUCCUUCUCUUCUGCUCUUUCAAAGUAGAAAAACAUGAGGUCUAGCUGUCACGGGUUGGGGUAGCAGCUCUGACUACCACAUCCUGGUCCAGCUUCUAGUCCUCUUGCCUCCUCUCUACUGCUCAGUUAAAGCCUCCACCCCACAGCUGACUUUGUGGGUCAGCACAUGACCCACAUUCAUUUUCCUGCUCUGUUUUGGUGAGUCCCAAAACUGGACCUGGGGGACGUGGUGGAUGAGAUGGCAUUCUGAAGAGGAAUUGGCCAGAAAACGGGAAGAGAAAUGGAGAUGUAUCCUGGACAGAGAAGAGACCAGGUAUCCUGACCCUCUCCUCCCCAUUCCUAACCAAGGUUCAGUGAGCAAAGAAACUACUUUUUGGAGAAGUGAAGAGGGGCAAUUAUGGACCGAAAGUGGAAACAACCAUAACCUGAACUCCUCUCACAGACUAAUGCUGAGUCAAGCAAUAGAGGUUCAUAAUGGCAGUGAUAUCUGUGAGCUGCCCAAUGUAUCAAUGAACACAUAGUUCCUCCAGAUACCAAAAUGAGCUCCAAAUGAACACGUGAUUGAGAUAGUAAAGGCCAUUUCAUGCAUGGAUUAAAAAUGCAAAGAAGAUAUGUCCUUUCUGAGAGAGGAAACAGUUGGACCUUGUUUGAGGGGGUGGAGACAGAAGCCCCUGCCACCACAUCCUGGACCCAAGCCUCAGCCCUGGUCCCUCCUCCUUUCCUCUGGACAGCUGAGAUCAUUCAACUGAGGACAGCACUUUGGCUACACCAUGACCUCCACACUCUCCUUUUUACUCUGUCUCGGGCUGUGUCUGAACCAGAGGAUCAGCGCACGGGAGGGCCCUCUCCCCAAACCUAACUUCUUAGUUCAGAAAGAUUUUAUCCUGGUCCCAAAGGGCAGCAUGAUCUUCACGUGCACCAUAUCAGAUGAUGAUUUGCCACCCCAGAAAUGGACAUAUCUUCUGUUCAAGGAGGGGAAUUCCAAGCCCUUGUUUGAAAAGACUACAGAAGCAAGCUGGGUUGAGUUUACCCUACAGUUUGAGACAACCCAAGAUUUUGGGAACUACAGUUGUAAGUACUUUAGCUCUCAGAACCCACAAAUAAAGUCAGAAGCCAGCACGGUCCUGGAGAUUUCUGAGAAAGGGCAUCUUCUAGCUUCAGCCCAGCCGGUUCUUGAGUGUGGUACAGAACAGAUCCCCUGCUCUAAAUUUGAUGAACUGAAUGAAAAUGUCACAAUAAGUAUCAAAACCACUCUCAUCAUCAAAUGCUGAAUCAUCAUUCUCUUCCUCUUUUUAUUGGCCUUCUUCUAUCAUCAACACUCCUAUACUGAAUUCAGGGGUUGAGGACCAACAAGGAGUGACAUACAUCCACUUGAACAUAGAGAUCCUGAGUAAGG